AUGAAGCUCGCCAUUGCUCUACUUUUCCUUUUGUCAGCCGUGUGCACAAACGCACAUCUUCUGUGUAAUGGCAAGGGUUGUGGAUAUGGAUAUGGGAGUGGUGGCUUGGAUGGCGGAUAUGGUUUAGGAUAUGGCGGAGGAUAUGGUUUAGGAUAUGGCGGAGGAUAUGGUGUAGGAUAUGGCGGAGGAUAUGGUUUAGGAUAUGGCGGAGGAUAUGAUGGAUUGAAUUUAGGUCUUAUCGGAGGAUAUGGUGGAUUAGGUUUAAGAUAUGGAGGAGGACUUGUGCCCGGUGCCGGACUUAUUGUGAAUGGUGGCGGACUUUCAAUUGCUGCAGAUAGCUGUAAAAUGCAAUCAGCUGAUAAUUGA